AUGCUGUGUACAAGAUCAUGGACAGAGAGCUCCCAGAAAUCGUCCUCUAAAAAGGAGUUCAAAGACGUCUUCUUCGAGUAUCCAACACGACCGGACUCGAUGAUAUUGAAGGGCCUUGACCUGAAGAUUGAAACAGGAAAGGCCGUAGCACUUGUUUGGCCAAGUGGGUCGGGGAAAUCGACAAUCGUUGCUAUCAUUGAGAGCAGAUUGGUGAGUCAGGAACCAAAAGCUUGUUUGCAGGAACUAUCCGAUAAAACAUUGCAUACGCUCCACAAACCUCAGGCUUCUGAUGAUGAUGCAUACAUUGUUGGUAACUUGGUAUGGUGCAGCAGAUUGAGCGAGGGGUAUGGCACAUAUUGUGGAGAAAGACGAGUUCAGUUAUCUGGCAGCCAGAAACAAAGUAAAAGGGAGCAAUUGCCCGAGCCAUACCGAAGAAUCCAAAAGUCCUGCUGGUGGCUCACCAGCUCUCUUCAGAAUUCCGACACCAUUGCAGUGAUCAAGAAUGGCCAAGUUGCAGAGGAAGUAUGA